GCAAGGUACGUGUUUGAGCGUAAGCCAAACAAACGGCGAAGCUGCAUGCGCUCCAUGGGCGAUUGAUCCCACCACGUAUUCACCAAGCAGCAUGGCUGGCUGCUGAGUUGUCCUCACCCCCAUCGAGAUUGGCAUCAGUAAUGCUGCUUUGCGUUGGGCGAGAACGUCCUCUUAUCAUGCAGCAGCUACACGAAAACGCAGCCUUAACAUCCACCGAUCCUCUAUGGUCGUGCGUCCAAGGCUUUAUGGAUUUCCCCCACUCCUCCCCCCGGUCCUAUCGAUAUCGCAAAUCAGACUGCCAGGUUGAUGCCCAGUCGAAGGCUUUCCCACUGCUGCUGCUGCUGGACAGAGGCCACAGGAGUACCACGUACUGCCUUGCAGCGGCGUACGAUAGCGCUUCCGGCUCCCAGGGACCUGAAUGCUGGGUCCCCGGGGACAGCCAUUGCUCGGUGUUUGCAUGGCCAACCAGGUCAUUUUUCGGGCGCCUCGCUGCCUCUGCUGCACCGCUUCUUUCCAAUAUCUUAUCCACCGGCAGCCAAUGGCUUGCGGAAGCCCACUUCCACGUCUUCAGUGAUCUGAGAUGA